AUGCCCGUGGGAAGCUCGACCACCCGUGGCCAUGACGCCAAUGCUCUCGACCCGGACUCGUACACGGCCCACCGUCUCAAGCAUGCCUUUCCCGAACAUUUGCAUCUCACCUCCCGCCGGUUCUUCAUUGGUCCUAUACCUGAAGGAUGGCUCAACAGCAACAGAAAGUCUUGGUACAAGCGGAGGUUGGAGUUGAGUUCAUAUUCCUCAAGACAGCAAAGCUUCCGGGCUGCUGCAGAUGGCGGUGCUCACCACAGGACCCUGACUGGUCUGGAUGGUCCCUCAACCGCGGCGAGAAUGAGCUUCAGCUUCCCUCAGCCAGAGGACGUCUAUGAUGCCGCUUCUAGUGCUGAGGACUCAUCGGCCGCUGAGGAGGUAGAUGAUGAACCCCAAGUCAAUGAGGCACGAAAUGUGGAGCCUAUUUCGACAAACGAGAUACCUCUUAUAGUGGGGAUUGAAGACCAGGACGAGGAAGGUAACCGGGUACCGAAAGCCCUGCCUAUUCCCGCCGACACUGGACUUGAUGGGACGAGUGAGCACAGGGGAGGAGUCAGGUUUGCACGGUCACCCAAGCCAGACUCUUUCAAGACUGCACAGGAGCAUCUGGGAGGCUCCUCCUCCAAAUCAGUUACUCCAUUACACAGGUACGAGCACCCAGAUCAACCCACCGACCCCGAUAGCGAUCCAGAAGAGCCGCCGUCGAACCGGGGCUCUUUUGACCCGUCUGGGGCCACGCAGGAGGAUAUUGAGACAAGUUCCAGAACAGCUUUGCUGGCUCCAGAGGGCGAGGGACUUCAUGAUAGGUCCCUUCAACAACACGACCCUGCCCCUCUCCAAGAUGAGAGUACAUAUCAAUUGGUGAGGUCGAAUACCGGCGUUAGAUUCAAAAUCUCCGAAGAAGUCCACCAGAGACGGCAUCGGAUUGAGACUAAAGCUUCACGGGCCAAACAUCGAGUCAAAAGACUUCGACGGGACAUGCUGCGGGAAGGGACCAUUGUCAAGAUGGAAAGAAUGUUGGUCAGAUGCGAAAUCACCAAGAACCAAGUUCCGGACGAAUUCGAUGAGAAUGAAAGUCUGAAAAUUGAGAGUAGGGUGGUCGAAAAGUGGCGGGAAUUCGUUGUCGUUGCCAGAAAAAGUAAGAAGCAGGAUGAUGUCGACUUCAGGCUCCAAAUCUACAAAACGCGAGUCAUCCCGGAGAUCGAAGAUGAAAAGACGAAGAAAAAGCCUCUACAUGAAGUAAAGCUGGAUCCAAAGACCACCCGCGUGAACUUGUAUUCAUCACUAGACAAGACAGUGGUCAUCUGGCAUCCGUACAAGGCAGGUACCAGAAUCUUUGUCAUGAGACCGAUCUCAACGGCGCAUUCGGUCGAAUGGUAUACAUUCCUCCGAGACGCUCUUGGAUGGCAAAGGCCGGAUACGUUGCACGUCAACGUACCAGAUCUGGAUGUCGUGCUAAAGCUAGAAAAGCCGUUUGAAGGCCUGGAGGCUGCUGGAUUGAAUGCCACGGAUGAGGAGACGGCAAUCGCUAGGACCGUUGCUGCGGAAAGGGCUGUCGCUGGUGAAAUCAUAUCUCAAUGUAUGAAUAUGCUAAGACGCGACCGUGAAUGGUCCAGCGUGAUCAAGCUGUGGCAGGAAACCGCAAAAAUGGGACUGGCUUGGAAAAGAUACGACCGACUUGAAUGGGUCUACGGAGUCCACGAGCAGAAAAUGUACGGUUCAAUGGCUAUGGAACAUUCCCACGAUCUCGAACUUCGUCCGAAAAAGCAUUAUCCGACAUCUGCCCGCGGCAGGAAGGGAAAGCUACAUGAGGAACCGCCUCCCAUCGAGGGCUUCUUGAUUCGCCUGACCUCACAAAAAGGGGCUCAUCAGCGGCUAGGCAAGGCAUUUUUUAAGCGAUUAUAUUUCUCGACCCACAGCCAGUACCUGAUGUUCAACCGGCCUGCAAAGGCAACACCACCCCAUCCACCGCGUCUUGCGACAAUCGGCGGGAACACUGUCCCUUCAGCCCGCGAAAUCGUUGAGAAGACACCGUUGAUGUAUGAUAUCGAGCCAUAUAAGCUGCAUAACGAUGGAAUCUCAUGGCUAUCAUCCGGAAAUCCUGCAACCGUCCGCAGUCAUGACCGUGAGGCUGUUGAAGAAGCUCGACGGAAUGUGGCAAACGUUUUGGAGUCUGAUGGCCUUAUCAACAUGUGUUACAUACGCCAGGUCCGUGUCAUUAAAUGGGGAGCAUCUCCUGCCGAUGACAACCUUGAGGAGGGUUCAAGCUCGGACGUUGACUUCCACCAAAAUGUCCCUGACACACGGGGAGAGGAUGGCGCUACCAAACAGAUCGAUGACGAUCGUGUCUUUGAGAUACUUCUGGACAAUGGAUUGGUUAUUCGUCUGCAAGCAUAUUCCAAGAAGACCCGCGAUGAAUGGAUUUCUCGAUUGAAGAAGCUGGUGAAGUACUGGAAAUUGCGAAUGGCCGCUGAAAUGGACACAUACAAGGCAGUGCGAAAGGCCAACCUUGCGGAACUCAACAUCGACGAAGAACUCGAAGCCAUCAUCGGUCAGUAUGCCAAGAAGUGGGAGGUCAGCCGAAGCGAAGCAAGUCCGGAACUCUAUAAUCUGUGCGGCAUAAGUAGCUGCCGGAGCAUCACGAUGUCUGGUUCCCUGUAUCUGAAGCCGCACCGCCGGGCGGCCUUCCACCGCAGCCAGGUCAUUCUAUGUGGUGGGAAACUGCUCAUUUACCAGGCCACCGUGCGCAAGUCCACGGGCGCACAAGUGCGACACAUCCAUCAGGAGAAGCAGCAGGUUGUCGACCUGAAGGACUGUUAUGUCUACAGUGGCUUGAUUGUCGAGGAUGACCUGCUUUAUCAGAACACCACCUUCGAUGCCAACCAUCCUGGUAUGGCCAGCCUGCCACGCGUGUAUCUCGAUGAUGGAUGGACCAGCGCGGACGUCGACGUCAUGACUUGUUUUGUGGUUUGGAUGAACCGGAAGAAGGGAUGGUUCCGAACGGCAGCCGCGGUUGCGGAAGAACAAACCCAGCCUCAGUCCCAACCACAAUCUGAUGGCCCUGUUGACGUUACCACCGAGUCAAACACGAAGAACAGCGCCGGAGGGAGCAGAGGAAACACGAGAGCCAAGCUACGUAGGGUCGGGCAGUUGGGCGUCCCCGGCCGUGGAAUGGUCUUCAAGUGUCGAAGUCGCGCCGAAAGGGACCAUUGGGUACUCAGCGUUGCGAGUGAGAUUGAGCGUGUCAUGGAACAGGAGGCCCAAAACAUGGGCGACCAGGGAGAAUUCCGGUUCGACAAAUAA